UAAAUUGACAUUCUUUUUUGGAACACGGAAGUGUUGCCCGAAACGGUCUAAAAGUGCAUGUUUGCAUUCGCUUCAUCUUCUACCGCGAGAAGUGUGAAAUAUUUACUCUGGCGAGGUGACGCGAUAAACUUAAAUUCACAACGCGGCUUUACGCUUCACAAGCAGUUUUGCAGUCGUAGAUUGUGGCACUACUUUGGGUAACAUUUAAAGCACUUUUAAUGUAAAAUACGUAUGAAUGUUACAGUUAAAACGGGUCAGUCUGACAAGACAAAAGCCGCUUCCUUGCGCUAAUGCGAUACGUUACGUUACAGUUCCCAUUGAUCGGUCACUGUCACAUGCUGACUUAUUAUUACGUCAAAGAUAAUGCUGUACUCAGUGGGUGUAUUCACAUUUCACACAUAAGUAGUGUAGAACUCAAGAGUCGUAUGCAAAGCCAUUUUGGGAACACUUAUUUGUCCUCACGAGUAAGGCAAAGCUGCACUAGUUGACAUCUGUGCGUUACUAGGAGCUAUUUCUAAAAAUGUCAAAAUAGUUGUACAACAAAAUAGAUAUCAUUGGAUAUAGAGGAUGAUACACGAAUAAAAUGAGCCCUAGUUUUUAAGAAUUGGUUAAGAAUGAAAGAUUUUAUGCCAUUUUUUAUGUAGCAAAUUGGCAAUGUAAAUCAUUAGAAAAUGUGUGACCAAAACCUUUAUUAUUUGGUAGAACAAUGCCCGUAUAUUAGUCUUAUUAGUGGAAAUCCACCCAUCCAUCCAUUUUCUGAGCCGCUUCACCUCACAAGGGUCGCGGGCGUGCUGGAGCCUAUCCCAGCUGUCAUCGGGCAGGAGGCGAGGUACACCCUGAACUGGUUGCCAGCCAAUCGCAGGGCACAUACAAACAAACAACCACUCACAGUCACACCUAUGGGCAAUUUAGAGUCUCCAAUUAAUGCAUGUUUUUGGGAUGUGGGAGGAAACCGGAGUGCCCGGAGAAAACCCACGCAGGCACGGGGAGAACAUGCAAACUCCACACAGGCGGGGCUGGGGAUUGAACCCGGGUCCUCAGAACUGUGAGGCUGACACUCUAACCAGAAAUGUGAUGUUUAAAAAGGCCAUUUUCAUUUUUUUUUGUUUUUUAUGUCGUUUUCCUCUCAAACCAUUUCAUUUUCCGGGUCAAACUGAGAGCAAGCGCAUUGGCAGAAUUACUUCAGAUUGGCAGAAUGAGUGAAUUUCAGACAUAGUUUUCUAUUGUGGUCGAAUCCUAUGAACGUGUCAUUUUCAACGCCAAAGUCGAGGAAUAUAUUCAUCUUUGUCAGGUCCACAGAAAAGCUCAUCUGGAGUAAAAUUUUCAAAAACUAGGCAGUAAAGGGAUUUCUCAACAACAUAAUCUGAAAAGAACAAUGGUUAUCUUGCCCGAAACAAUGAAAAAGCGCAAUUUUGGUGGAUUUCUGCUAAAUCCACAUGCCCGAAAUCCGGCACAGAAAAAUGGUGGCCGUGUUUCUGGAUUGAGUAACAUACUUACUACUAGUGAAUAGAGAUCACAUGACUUCAGAUUGAGAUAAAUCUGGACUAAUGUGAUGCAAAUUGACAUCGACUAGACGCAGACGACUUCCUUUUUCAGUAUAUUAGUACAAUAAUUAAAAAAUAUAUAAAAAUAUAAACUACAAAUAAAAUGUAAUAUAAUUGAACAAAAUCACAGGAGGUGGGAAUGCUUUGUAAAAAUCUAUGAAGCUCAUACACCAAAUUUAUGCAUUUAUGCAUAAACUUUAGAACACAAGAGCAUGGACAUUGUCUGGGUGAAAGCUCAUCCGCUGUUGUGCGACAAUUAAAAAAAAUAAAUAAAUAAAUCCUCUUGAUCAGUAUGCUUGCUACUGGGACAGCCAGGUAAUGUUUCCACAACUUCGCCUCGUUCUGGCCCCAUCACAGGAGAGGGUUCUGCAAUGGCUUUUUUCUUUUACUGGUUCUCUCUUCCUAUAGCAAAUCUGCAUGUCCUGUUGUUCGACUUUGUUGUUAUACUGGUGUGCUUUUAUUUUGAAGGCCUGACUUUGCCAGCAACAGGAUGCCUAUCUAUGCCAGUGAUACCUGAGUGUUGCUGAGUGGACCGGGAGGGUUGAUGUUGCCUCCGGUUGUGAAUAAAAGCAUGCAUUGUGGAAUACGCCUUGCUGUCUGAACCCCUUGAUACACAAGAGGACAGCUGCAAGCGGUUCUGCUUCCUUAAGCCAAAAAUCUAGUUGAUGUCACGAUAUAAAUGAACAUGUCCCCUGCGCCCACCAAUGAGCUGGGCUUUAAACCCCCAGAUGGUGGCUGGGGUUGGAUGGUUGUGAUUGGGGCUCAUAUUUCCAUUGGCUUUGCCUAUGCUACGCCUAAAGCCCUCUCCAUUUUCUUCAACGACAUCCAAUUAGACUUCCAAGCCAGCUACAGUGAUAUAGCAUGGAUCUCCUCUAUCAUGUUGGCAGCCAUGUAUGCUGGAGGGCCAGUGAGCAGUGCAUUGGUCAAUCGCUACGGAAGCCGACCAAUAGUUAUACUCGGCGGCCUGAUGUGUGGGGCCUCCAUGGUAGCUGCUUCCUUUGGAAACUCCAUCAUUUUCCUCUACUUAUGCAUUGGUGUCAUUGCGGGCUGCGGACUCGCCUUAAACCUGAAUGCAUCUCUCACCAUCAUCAGCAAGUACUUUCUGGACAAGCGCCCUUUAGCCAAUGGUCUCGCAAUGGCAGGGAGUCCUGUGUUUUUGUGCUUCUUGGCCCCUCUUAAUCAAUAUCUACUGGACAAGUUUGGAUGGAGAGGAAGUCUUCUUAUAAUAGGGGCUUUGAUGCUGAACAGUUGUGUUGCUGGGGCCUUGAUGAGACCAAUUGGUUCCUGUAAUGCAUCAUCUUGUGCACAGCAACAAAAGUCUGAGGAGCAGUCAAAUAACGGUAACACCAAGAAAUGGAAACAAAUCUGUGGCAGUCGUGCCAAGAAAAUCUUAGCUUGGUCCGUCUUCAAAGAUCGAGGCUUUCUAAUUUACCUCAUUGGGAACAUAAUGUUCAUUUUUGGUGCCUACGCACCUAUUGUGUUCCUGUCAGCCUAUGCUGUUAGUCAUGGUGUUGACCAAUACUCAGCAGCAUAUCUACUCUCCAUUAUGGGUUUUGUGGACAUGUUUGUUCGGCCUGGCACCGGCCUGAUUGCCAACAGCAAGUGGAUCAGACCGAGAGUUCAGUACUUUUUCAGCUUUGCCAUGGUUUUCAAUGGCACGUGCCACUUACUAUGCCCACUGAUCAAAAACUAUACCUUCUUGGUGGUCUACGCUGUGUUUUUUGGUGUGGGUUUCGGAAUGGUUUUUGCCCUCAUAUUUGAGUGCCUGAUGGAUCUGAUGGGAAAUCAACGCUUCCCGAGUGCUGUUGGACUGGUCACUAUCAUUGAGUGUGUCCCCAUGCUGCUGGGACCACCCACUGCAGGGUUGCUGGUGGAUAUAUUUGGUGACUACAAGUACCUCUUCUUCUUGUGUGGCACAGUGAUUGUUACUGGUGGGAUCUUCCUUUUCAUCAUGAACAUUUACAACUAUCACAUGCUGGAAAAAGAGAGGGGUAGACAACCAAACCCAAAUCAUAUACAAGUUGUAGGUCAGGGCCAGGGCGAGAUGCUUAACAUACUCAAUCACAGUUUUCUUACAAAGGAGUCUGCUGUGCCUGAGAUUAAAGAUGGGAGUGAGCCAGCGAUGUGUUGAAGGAAUCAAGUCAUUCCGCUUCAUUUUUAUUUCUCUUAUUUGCGUGGCCACGAUGUACCAGAGAGAGGUGUAUUUCACAUCCAGUGAGCUAUUUUUAGUCAGACAACUGAAAAUGCUAUUAACCUGACCAAUUAUUUGAAUGAGCUGCAAGCACCAGUACCAGUGCUUCUGCAGAACCAUGAUUGAAGUUAAAUGUUGGCAAUUGUAACAAGUGCUGGGCGAUAUGGCCUAAAUUUGUUAUCACAAUUCCCCACCCCCCCAAUGUCGAUAUUCGAUAUGACUCGAUUAGGGCUGCAACAAAUACUGGAAUGUUUCGAGUACUUUGAAUACAAAAAAUGCUCGGAAUUUUCUCUCCCUCAGGGAUCCACUUAUUUAAUGUAUUCAAUGCCUGCCCUCCAAGUUUGAUUGUUUUAAUUAUGUGUGUAUGCCUUUAAGAGGGCGGGCGGUGGUGAGUAGUGUGACAUAGGCGUAAGGAAAAGUAAGCCUGGGAAGAUGCUGCUGGUACGCGUUGUAGCUAGCAAUGUAAAUUUAAGAAAUAAAAAGUUUUUUUUUUAUUUAUUUAAUUUUUUUUAAUUUUUUUAAGAAAAACAAUUGGUUAUUAUUUUUUUUGAGUGAAAUGGCUUAUUUUUUUCUUGUAUUCAUAAUUGGUCUUUAACCAAGCAAAAAUAUAAUUAAUCCGAAUACUGGAUUAUUCGAUAACAUUUUUAGUGGGAUACUCAAGUACUAAAAUAUUUGAUAACUGCAGCCCUAGAUUACACUGAACAAAAAUAUAAAUGAAACACUUUUGUUUGACCCAAAGAUCCAAACCUUUUUCUACAUACACAAAAGGCCAUUUCCCUCGAAUAUUGUUCACAAAUCUGUCUAGAUCUGUGUUAGUGAGCAUUUCUCCUUUGUCGAGAUAAUCCAUCCCAUACUCUGACCCCCAAAACCCCCACAAUAAAGCAAAACUGUACAUUUCAGCGUGGCCUUUUAUUGUGGCCAGCCUAAGGGACACCUGUGCAAUAGUCAUACUGUCUCAUCAGCAUCUUGAUAUGGCACACCUGUGAGGUGAGAUGGAUUAUCUCGACAAAGGAGAAAUGCUCACUAACACAGAUCUAGACAGAUUUGUG